UACCUAAGAAGUACACAAACCAGCGUUUACAGAGCAUACCCGUUUCAGCGUCCAAUGCACCGGCUCAGAAUUGCCAGACACUCUUCCUUCUUCAGUUAUAUCAUAUUCUUUCAGUUUUUACUCGCGUGAGCAGCAGUGCCCCCCAGUGGGCUGUUUUGUGGGCGCGUGUCUUUGCGCUCUCUGUCCACAGCAGCGGCAACAGCAACAGCAGCAGCAGCCACAGCAGCAGCAGCGAUGUCAGGAUUCAAUCUGCUGCACCUGGUGACCAAGAGCCAGCCUGUGGCUCUCAAAGCCUGCGGGCUACCCUCAGGAACAUGCCGGAGCAAGAAGACGUGGCCAGUCACCUUCCCCAAGGAGGAGCUGAGGAAGAGGCUGACGCCCGAGCAGUACCAUGUCACGCAGGAGAAAGGAACCGAGAGUGCCUUCGCUGGAGAGUACGCCCACAGCAAAGAGGAGGGGACCUACACUUGCAUCGUCUGUGGCACCCCGCUCUUCACGUCAGAUAAGAAAUUUGACUCGGGAUCAGGAUGGCCAUCCUUCUUUGAUCUGAUUAAGAAGGAGUCCAUAACCCUCACAGAUGACUUCUCCUACGGCAUGCACCGCGUGGAGACCACCUGUAGCCAGUGUGGCGCUCACUUGGGACACCUCUUUGAUGAUGGGCCGCGGCCGACGGGGAAGCGCUACUGCAUAAACUCCGCUUCGCUGGGCUUCCAGCCGAAGGACGCGGCCGCAGCCGCAAGCGCGGGGGCAGUUGCAGGAGAGGCCCCGGCCUCCAGCAAGAGUGAGCUGUGAGCAGCCCUGUGGACAGACAGCACGCUGACGAGCAGGCCCCCCACAGUGUCCCUCCCGUAGCCCGAUACAAUACGACAUGUCAGCCUACACUCCAACAAUUAUAGCAUCACCCCACGUUAAACGACAUCAUCUACGACAAUUACUAAGCCAGCCAUCGAAGCUUGAGGAGUAAGGAAUCAACAAGCCUGCACUCAGCACCAUUAUUAUGGCCUUGUCUAAAGCUGCCCAACCAGCUGAUGCUUGCUGCCUAUAAAACUGUACCUAAACUCCUCCAGCCUGACGUGUGGAGACGUCUGGUGAGAGAAACAGAAUCCCACUGUCACUCUGCUUAAGAGUGCUCAAUAGAGGUUUUGAUAGUGCACGUCUGUGAGCUGUGAUAUUUUCUUCUCGGAGAUAUAGUGAAAGCCCUUUGUUUGGAAAUGAAUUAUGUAUGUGUAUUUUCUCAGAGCAACGUGUUAUUUUUGAAGUGAAAUUUGAUACCUAGAGGUUGGCGGUUUAGGGAAAAUGCUAUGCAAGUGCUCCUGUGAGCGGUAAAAUAAGCAUCAAGCAGAGAACAAAGCAUUCUUUCAAAUAAAACGCUACAGAUGACAAAUGUUUAGUCUGAACACAAAUGUAGCCUGGCUUUUAAGGGUGGGCCAUAUUUUUUUUUCUUCUCCUGACUCCAUUUCUCGGUUCCUCCCGCUCCGGGUUGAGUAGGCUAUAUUCAGGGUUUUGAUUCAUCAAUUGUGUUGACAUAUAUAUUUAAAAAGAGUUAUCAAAUAAAAGUUAGUAGAAACA